AUGUAUCGUCAGUAUCAGAGGUUUCUCACAGAUGAAGAGGUGUCAGCAGUAAUAAAUGAAGCAAGUGAAGGUGAUGAAAGUGAUCCAGAAGAUGAUGAUACAUUCGCGCCGCGGCGGGCGCCUGACUCUGAGUCGGAGGACUGCCUGUUCCUGAACGUGUUCGCGCCCGCGCCGGCUCCUGAGGAUGAGGACGCGGAGCAGAAACCGCGCGCCGUGCUCGUGUGGCUGCCCGGCGAGGGCCUCGGGAUGGCCGACGCGUCGCGCUACGACGCCACGCUGCUCGCCGACAGGGCAGGCAUCGUCGUCGUCACCGUCAACUACCGAGUGGGCGUGCUGGGCUUCCUGAGCACGGGCACCUCGGCGGCGGCGGGCAACUGGGGGGCGCUGGACGUGCUGGAGGCGCUGCGCUGGGUGCGCCGCAACGCCCCCGCGGUGGGCGGCGACCCCGCCAGGGUGACGCUGGCCGGCCGCGCCGAGGGGGCGGCGCUGGCGUCGCUGCUGCUGACGGCGCCCGCCGCCGGGGAACCCCCGCUGGCGCUGCGCUUCGUCCUGCAGAGCGGCGUCGCCUCCGCCUGGUACCACAUCGACGCAGACCCCGCCAACGCCACCGCCGCGCUGGCCAGCAGCCUAGGCUGCUCCGGGACCGCCACCAAGACAAACGAGGUGUACUCACCAGAAGAAAGUUCCUGCAUCGAUGACAAAAAUCCUUGA